ACAGCUGUAUGUAAAUUUAUUUUACUAUGGCUUUAGUGGAAACACUUCUCCUGAAUGUCUCCAGCACAGGAGCUUUACUCGCUGCUCUUCUGCUGCUUUUGGUUAUUUAUUUCUGCUUCAGGUCUCCAGAAGAUGACCAAGAACCUCCAGGACCCAAACCACUGCCACUCGUGGGAAACCUGCACAUUCUGGACCUUAAACAACUUCAUGUGAGCCUCUGGAAUUUAUCAAAGAAAUAUGGGUCAGUGUUCAAAAUUCAUCUUGGACCCAAAAAGAUUGUGGUUUUGGCCGGAUACAAGACGAUUAAACAAGCACUGGUGAACCAGGCUGACGAAUUCGGGGAAAGAGACAUAACACCCAUAUUCCAAGACAUCAGUAAAGGACACGGAAUUGCCUUUACAAAUGGUGAUAGGUGGAAAACCAUGAGAAGAUUUGCUGUCUCAACUCUUCGAGACUUUGGGAUGGGAAAGAAACUGAGCGAAGAGAAAAUCAUUCAGGAGACGCGAUAUCUGCGGGAAGUGUUUGAGACCUUCCAAGGAAGUCCUUUUGAUACAACCCAGCCAGUAAAUUAUGCCGUUUCUAACAUCAUCUCAGCUAUUGUUUGUGGAAACCGGUUUGAAUAUGAGGAUCCAAAGUUUAACGAAAUGGUUGACAGGGCAAACCAGAUCAUCCUCAUGACCGGCUCUGCUGCCAUACAGAUCUACAACAUGUUUCCAGUGCUUAGACCGUGGCUGAAGACCUGGAGACGGCUUAUGGAAGGUUCUGAUAAAUACUAUGCUGAAAUGCAGGUUCUGGUGGAUCGCUUACGGGAGACCUUUAACCCUCUCGACUGCAGAGGAUUAGUUGAUGCCUUCCUCAUCCAAAAACAAAGCUUAGAGAAAUCUGGAGAAAAUGAUUCACAAUUUAAUGAUCUGAACCUGCUCAUGACUGUGUCCAACCUUUUUGCUGCCGGUACUGACACCACCGGCACAACGCUACGCUGGAGUUUACUGCUCAUGGCCAAAUAUCCUCACAUACAAGAUCGGGUUCAUGAGGAAAUUGACAGGGUGCUUGACGGACGUGAACCGGUUACAGAGGACAGGAAGAAUUUACCUUACACAGACGCUGUGAUCCAUGAAAUCCAGAGACUGGCGAAUUUAGUGCCCUUGAAUCUGCCACAUCAAACCAGCUGUGAUGUGAACUUCAAUGGAUAUCUCAUCAAGAAGGGGACGUGUGUUCUGCCACUGCUGACAUCUGUUUUGAAAGAUGAGAGCGAGUGGGAGACGCCCAACACUUUUAACCCUGAACACUUCCUCAAUGAGAACGGUCAGCUGAUCAAACGUGACGCCUUCAUGCCCUUCUCUGCAGGUCGCAGGAUUUGUUUAGGAGAGGGUUUGGCCAGGAUGGAGCUCUUUCUGUUCUUCACUUCUCUUCUUCAGUGUUUUCACUUCACUCCUCCACCUGGAGUCUCUGAAGAUGAAUUGGAUCUCACACCAGUUGUGGGUUUCGUCUUGAAUCCCUCACCACACAAACUGUGUGCAGUCAGUAGGGUAGAAAAACAAAAGGCAAAAUAACUAGUUAAAAAUACACCUCAUAAAGAUUGUAAAACAUAAAGACUCUUACAGUGGCAUCCAGUGACUUCUUUUUCGAGCGCACACUACUGCAAAGUUCACCAAAACGUGUUGCUCAUCAUGUCAAAAUAUGCAUUUGGUGGGUCAUGUGAACCUAUGUGCACCACACAUCAUGCAAAAAUAUGUGCCUGCUGCAGACGCUUCUAAAGGGUUUAUGAUAAAAGAGACACGUUUGCGUUAGUGUCUUGCGAGUAUUUUGUGAACCUGAGCGCCUCUUUUAUCAUAAAUCCGUUUGACGUGUGUGCAGCAGGCACGUAUUUUGACAAGACUCAUGAUGCACAUAAGUUUACGACGUAUCGAACACAUAUUUUGAAAUCGCGCCCUUCGGAAUAGAAGUCAUUGGACACUUGUAUCACAUUAUAAGACUCUUAGACUAUUAUAUUAUCCCAUUAGCUUUUACAUUACACAUGUACAUUCUGUGCCUAAACAUAUUCAAUUGUUGGUGUAAUAAUGUAUAUGCUGUAUAAAUAUAUAUAGAUCAUUAAUGCAUUUGACAGAUACUUGUAUGCAAACUGACUUACAGGGCAUUUAAGCUAUACAUUUAUCAGUAUUUGUGUUCACUGGGAAUCAAACCCAUGACCUUCUCGCUGCUAACCCAAUGAUCUAGCAGUUGAGCACAGGAACAUGAUAUUUCUGUAAUGAUGAAAUAAAAUACUCUUCUAGAGGAAAUCAAAUCAGCUUCAUUCGUAUUUUGAAAAGAAAACUGCAAAUUAGUCAAAGCUUUUGCUCAUUUCACUACAGUUUCUUCAUAAU